GCUACUAGGAAAGGUAUGCAGGCUGUCUGGUUGAUGCUAUUGUUGAUGGUGGCUAUUGCAUUGGGCAAUUCAGAUAUUGAUGCACUCCUUGAAUUCAAGAAGAGUAUUCAGAAUGACCCUUCUGGAUUAGUUGUUAAUUCUUGGGAUUCCAAGUCUUUAGAUUCCACUGGAUGUCCUCAGAACUGGUAUGGAAUAUUGUGUAGUGAAGGCAAUGUUAUAUCAAUCACUCUGGAUAAUGCUGGUUUGGUUGGCGAGUUUAAUUUUCUUGCUAUUUUUGGCCUUACAAUGCUUCGCAACUUGUCAAUUGUGAACAACCAGUUCACAGGAAAUCUCUUACAUGUUGGUCCAACGGAAUCACUUGAAUUUCUUGAUUUGUCCCUCAACAAGUUUAAUGGCUCAUUACUCUCUAAUGUUGUUCAACUGCGUAGUUUAGUGUAUCUGAAUCUUUCUUCAAAUGAAUUUGGAGGUACUCUUCCUAUUGGAUUUUACAAACUUGAGCGGCUGAAGUAUUUAGAUUUGCACACUAAUAACUUUUCUGGGGAUAUUAUGCAUAUCUUUUCUCAGAUGGGCAGUGUGCUAUAUGUUGACUUAAGCAACAACAGGUUUUCUGGUACACUGGAUUUGGGACUUGGAGACGGAUCCUUUCUCUCCUCAAUUCAAUAUUUAAAUAUUAGCCACAAUUCCUUGACUGGUGAGCCAUUUGCUCAUGAUGGUAUGCCGUACCUGGACAAUUUAGAGGUCUUUGAUGCUAGUAAUAACCAAUUAGAGGGUAAUAUACCUUCCUUCACGUUUGUGGUAUCUCUAAGGAUUCUUCGACUUGCAUGCAACCAGUUGACUGGCUCACUUCCACAAGCCUUAUUGAAAGAGAGUUCAAUGAUGUUGUCUGAACUGGAUCUUAGUCAAAACAAGCUUGAAGGUCCAAUUGGAAUUAUUACCUCAGUAACUCUGAGGAAGCUUAAUUUAUCUUCAAACCAAUUGUCUGGCCCCUUACCUCUCAGGGUAGGCCACUGUGCCAGCAUAGAUUUGAGUAAUAACACUCUAUCAGGCAAUGUGUCAAGGAUCCGGUAUUGGGGUAACUAUGUGGAAGUUGUUCAGCUUAGUACAAACUCAUUGACAGGAAUGCUGCCAAACGAAACAUCUCAAUUUUUAAGGUUAACUGCACUUAAGGUAUCUGGUAACUCAUUGGAGGGCUUUCUCCCACCAGUCCUGGGAACAUAUCCAGAACUAAAAGAGAUUGAUCUUAGCCUUAACCAGCUUUCUGGGUUCGUCCUACCAAGCUUUUUUACCUCAACCAAAUUGACUAAUCUUAAUCUCUCAAACAAUAAAUUUUCUGGAUCAAUUCCUUUUCAGUUUGAACCACCAAAUGGUCCAUUAGUUUCUGCUGAAAAUUUUAGUCUGGUGUUUCUUGAUCUUUCACACAACAACUUGAGUGGGAUUCUUCCUUCAAAUAUGAGUAAGCUUCACAAUUUGGCAUAUCUCAAUCUAUGCAGCAACAAAUUGGAAGGUAAUAUUCCUGGUGACCUUCCGCAUGAGUUGAGAGUAUUCAAUGUGUCCUUUAAUAAUUUUUCUGGUGUUGUACCAGAAAAUUUAAUGCAGUUUCCUGAAUCAGCAUUUCAUCCAGGAAAUAUGAUGCUGACAUUUCCACAUUCGCAAUCAUUACCUAAAGAUACUUCCAACCUAGGUUUGAGGGAACAUCGGUCACACGAAAAAUCCACAACUAGGAAUGUCUUGAUUGCAUGUUUGGUUACUGGUGCUAUUGUGAUGACUUUUGUUGGUAUAAUAAUUUUUAAUAGGGUUCAUCACAAAAAAGAAAGGACUUCUAAACAAAAUGGCACAAAAGGCAUAACCCAAGAGCGUACUUUCGCAUCAAAUAUAGAGGCACCUUAUAGAAAUUUGGCAGCAUUACCACCUUCUCAAAGGGGGUCUGCUGAUGAUGCAAGAAACAUUCAUCCAAUGGAAAAGAAGCCGACAGAUCUUGGCCAUGAUGACUUAAUUAAGUAUGAGGAAGCAAUGUCUUCUCCAAUGUCAAUUUUGACACCUUCAAAUCCGUCAUCUUCUAAAAGCCAUCAGUUUGAGUAUGCUGGUUCCCUCAAAGUAUCCUCCCCGGACAAACUGGUAGGAGAUUUGCACCUAUUUGAUGGAUCCUUGGUGCUAACUGCGGAAGAACUUUCAUGUGCUCCAGCAGAAGUUAUUGGCAGGAGCUGUCAUGGAACACUCUACAAAGCAACACUUGACUCUGGUCAUGCUUUGGCUGUCAAAUGGUUAAGAGAAGGAAUCACUAAAGGGAAAAAAGAGUUGGCAAGGGAAGUAAAGAAACUUGGGACUAUCAAGCAUCCAAACCUGGUUCCUAUUCAGGGUUACUACCUAGGGCCAAAGGAACAUGAGAAACUGAUUAUAUCAAACUACAUGAAUGCACAAUCUUUGGACAUUUAUCUCCACGAGGCAGAUAAGAGAAAUCUCCAUCCUUUAUCACUUGAUGAAAGGCUGAGGGUGGCCAUGGAGGUGGCGCGAUGUCUGCAUUACCUACAUGAUGAGAAAGCCAUACCUCAUGGCAAUCUCAAAUCCACAAAUAUUCUGCUACAAACUUCCAACAGGAAUGUCCUCCUCACUGACUACAGCCUGCACAGGAUACUCACUGCUGCAGGCACUGCUGAGCAAGUUCUGAAUGCUGGUGCACUCGGUUAUCGCCCUCCUGAGUUUGCUAGAUCAAACAAACCGUGCCCUUCCUUGACAAGUGAUGUCUAUGCAUUUGGAGUAGUCUUGUUGGAGCUCCUAACAGGAAGAAAUUCUGGAGAAAUAGUUUCUGGAAUUCCUGGGGUGGUUGAUCUCACUGAUUGGGUGAGGUUCUUAGCUGAACAAGAUCGUUCUAGCCAAUGCUUUGAUAGGACUCUAAUGGACAAGCACAUUGGAGAAAGACCAUGUAGAAUUCUUGAUGAAAUGCUGAAGGUGGCUCUUAGAUGCAUUCUUCCAGCAUCUGAUAGGCCUGACAUCAAAACUGUCUUUGAUGAUCUUUCAACAAUAAGGUAG